AUGGCUGCAAAGGCCGCCAAUGCUGCUGCUGCUGCCGCCGCUGCUGUCACUAACUCCUCUACACCAGCCAAGAGCGGACGAGGCCCUAAUUUUGCUCGAGAGGAAGACCGGCUACUUGUUUCCUGCUAUAUGACUGCAACUGAAGAGCAUUCAAAAGGAGGUCCGGGUCAGACUAAAGAGGCUCUUGCUAACCGGGUUAUUACAUUCUGGUUAGAAAGAUAUCUUAUUGAGCUUCCGCAAGUCCAACAUGAAACUGCUCAAGCCAGAUCUUCCAAGAGUCUGACGAAUCGAUUUGCAGAUCUCAAACGAGAUAUCAAGUUCUAUGGAGGUUGUGUCGCUUUAUACAAUGAAAACCAAGGUCGAGCAAGUUCGGGUCCGCUUUGUUCUGAUGCUGCCAGCUACAUUGUUGACAAAUAUAUCAACACCACACCUAUUAAGCGAAUUGAUGUUGUGCAUAUUGCUGGCUUGUGGGAUGAGUUUAAGCACUACAGAAUGUUUGAUCCGCCCAUGCCAAUGGUGCAUUCGUCAAAACGAAAGUUUGAUGAGGAGUUGGAAAAUAUGAUGGAUGAUGUGUCUGAUGAUGGCUUGGAUGCUAUUGGAUUGGGUGUGAGUGGAACUGUAUCGCCUGAUGCAAUGUUGCCUGGAGCAACUGCUGCUGCUCUUGCACUGGCUCAUCACGAUCGUCGUUUGGCACAUCUGGCUGCAAGUGCUGGUACUCUUGGCGGAAGUAACGAUAUUCCUGGUGUAGGUGGAUCAGGCAAGCGUGGUCGCCAUAAUAUUGAUGACGAUAUUCUUACCAUGAUUUUAGAUGCACUUACAAAGCGCAACGAGAUUGCUGCCAAGAGACUGGAGCUACAGCAGGCAGGCCAAGCUGAAAAACUCAUGUUUCAGAAACUCAAGCAAUGGAAUUCGAUUGUACGUCAAGGACAAAGGCAUUUGAUUAAGCUCAUGACAAAACGAGAUGCAUCUACAGAUCGUUCCUCGUAUGAUCCACUUAUUCAAUCUGCCACACAGGUGCUUGAAUCUUCAAUUGCCACUUUGCAACGGAUCCAGAUGGCAGGACCUGUAGUUUAUGACGGUGCAUGCAGAAUAGCGUACCUCAUCAAAGCUAUAGGAUGGAACUGUAUCCAUGAGUGA